AUGCUCAAUCAGAACCACCCAGGUCAACACGCCGAAAUCGCCGAAUGGAGAACCGCAACAAUGAAAUCUGCAAAAAUCUUGCACCCCGUCCACCCAAGUCAUCUACCAGGCCCUUGCAUCCACGUCGCCAGAGAAUUGAUGUGGCUAUUGGACCCCUUACUAAAACAUUCCCAGAAUGAGACAGAUCAGCUCGCGAGUCGCUGGCAGGCACUUUGUAUGAGAGCCCUCAAGCUUACCAUCAAGCUGAGGAGUUAUCAAGACGUGUACCGUUGCGAGGUUCCUCUACCAAGAGACAUGCUUAAAGGUGACGAGAUAGAGAUGGAAUCCGAAAUUUAUAAGGAGGAUUGCAAGAAGUAUGCUGAGUCAAAUGGCUGGACUAUUGCGUACGCUCUUUCGUGUGCGUUAGUCAGAUACUCAGCCGAGGAGCCAGAGAGAAAAGUGGUCCUAUUGCAGCCAUGGGGGUAG